AUGGGUAAAUUCAAAACUCUUGUCAGAGCAUUAGCAAUUCCAGCUGCAGCAGCAAGUUUCAUUCCAUUCGCCUUGGGUGUUUGUUCAUUGGGUGUAACUGCUCGUUUCCAUGGCAGUAACAUCAACUAUGAAGCUUACAUUUUCGAUGCCUUGUUUGUCAUCUUGUGGUUGGGAACUUUCGCCAUGUCCUUGGCUACUCUCCUCCUUCCUCACUGGAGAUUUGGUAUUCCAUACUUGAUUUGGAGUUCUUUAACUUUAGGUUUCUCAUUCGGUUAUGCUCUCUUCUGGAGUCCUUACAUGAGAAAUGCAACUGCCUUAAAGUCAUAUACUGGAGCAGGUGCAGCUGAUCACUUGGCAUUCUCUACAGGUAUAAUUGGUAGCGUACUAGGUACUAUUCCAGUAGCUCAUGCUGGUAUUGCUGCAGCUAGAGGAAGAAAGACUUCAAUGGUUAAGACUAAUCAACCAGUUGCUACUACAUAUGCUUAA